UUCCUGCUAACCUCCGUCCUGUAUACAUUCCCAAAUCGUGAACACCACGUUAUCUUACACUUCAUACCAUCGUCAUCACAUCAUAAACCUCUCGUCAGGGGAAGAAGAAAAAAGAAAAAGGUAGAAAAAAAAAACGGUCACCCAUUCCUUUCCCUCCCUCCCGUGACCGACUCAUUCGCUCACCCAUCAAUCCCACAGGACCCUUUAUAUCACGCUUCUAUCCCUCACCCGCUCCAGAAAUCCACAUCCGUUCCAACUGGAAAAAUAGAAAAAGGAAAGGAAAAAGCCGCAGCCAGUCAACAAUCAGUCAGAAGUAAACCUCAAUGGAGCCAGUGAGUAGUCCCAACCCCCCUAACACCCCACCUAAAGGAGCGAAUCCCAGAAACCGGAAAAAAGUGAAAGAAUAAAACUAACAGCUCUACCAUAGAUACUCAUGAUGGUGCUCAUCUGUGGCUUUGCCGUGUCGGCAUUUCAACUGUUUCACUGGCAGGACCGGAAGGCCAGGUCUGGAGGGGGGGAAGGGUUGGAGGAUUAUUGAUGGCUUUGUAGGACGAAAAGAAAGAAAAAGGUGGGAAGGGUGAAGACAAAGAUAAGGUUGGCGGGGCUCCUGGGUAGAUGUAGAGGAUGUGGAGGGGGUUAGAAGCGAAUGAAUGAAGGAAUGCCGUGGAAUUUUUUUGGAAAUUUUCCUCCAAUUUCAAACAACGUAAACCCGGCAAAAGAUUUUCUGUAAUCUAUCCCCCGCAUUUCCAACUACAGGCACUGCAAGUUCCGCCAAAGAGAGAGAGGGAGAGAGAGAAUCCUAAACACUACUACCACUCCCGAAACCUCGACUUCCUAUCCUCCUGCUUCCCGUGUUUCUCCAUCAUCUUUCUAGAAUGUAACUCCUCCGCCGACGGCAACGGCUUCGUAAAGUCGUAUAUCUGGGUUUCGACAAUGCUCUUGACCUCCACGUCCUUGAGCGUGGUAAUCGCCUCGAACAGGUCCUGCGGUUUUACUUGGUCGGACAGGUAGGAUCCCUCCUUCGAGCACCUCACGGUCACUAAUUCUAGGCCGGUUAGGGAUGGGAAGAAGCCGGCAAAUGUGGAUAGGUAGUCGGAGACUAAUUCCUGAGGCUUUUCCUCCACACAGGUGGCCCAGAGGACGAGGGUCCUAAGGUUUAGUAGGAUGAGGGGAGAGGCAUCGCCGUUUGCGCAGGU